AUGGCAGAAGUUGCCUAUCGCUUUACGUUUCUGGACGUGCUCUGCGAGGAUGAGGAGCGCGCCCAGGACAUCCGCUCCGGCCGUGCGCGCAGCGAGCCCCCGCUCGGUCUCGGGCGGCAGCCGUGCUUGAGCCCUGAAGAAGCAGAAUUGCAACUUUAUGUGCGCUCACUGCCCGGCGGGAUCACGGGUGGGACCCCAGACUCCGUGCAAGGUCAGGCAGAGGAGGCAUUGCUGAGCUCUGAAGAGGCAGAGAUGGCCAGCUACGUGCAAAGGGAGUCAAGGGCACAGCCACAUCCCGAGUCCAUCACAGUUGAUGGCCCCAAUCUCAACAUGGGAAGUUUGGGCCACCCACUGCUCUGCAAACGUCCGUGCGUGCACGUGUCUGCUGGGCGGCGGCUUGACAAGCAACAGCGGCGAAUGGUCGCCAACAUGUCGAAGGCUGAAUUUCUCUACUCG